CUGAGAACAUGGAACAUCACAACAACUUCAGCAGGAGGCUACUGGUGCUCUCUGUUCUUUCAACCAUCUUCAAUUCUCUUAAUGCUGUCCAAUUCUGUUCCAACACUAUUCUACCAGGAUCUAUAGGAGACCUGGGUGAAGGGGGAGAUCAGGGAGAUCAGGGACGGCUGGGGAAGACCGGCCCACCAGGACUACUAGGUUUGACAGGGGAGCUCGGAGGUAAAGGAGAGGUGGGCCGGACGGGGAAGAUGGGUCCUGCUGGAGACAAAGGUUUGACAGGGGAGCUCGGAGGUAAAGGAGAGGUGGGCCGGACGGGGAAGAUGGGUCCUGCUGGAGACAAAGGGGACGCGGGAGAAGCAGGAGUUGAAGGACCCUCUGGACUGAAAGGGAAAGCAGGAACAACAUGUGACUGUGGGAGGUACAGGAAGGUAGUUGGACAGAUGGACAUCAAUGUCAGAAAGCUGAAGAAUGCAGUCAAAUUUGUGAAAAAUGUCAUUUUAGGCAUCAAGGAAACAGAGGAGACAUUUUACCUGAUUGUGAAAGAGGCCAGAAAGUACAGAGAGGCUCUGAUGAACUGUAAGCUGAGGGGCGGUAUGCUCGCCAUGCCCAAAACAAUAGACACCAACUCCCUGAUAGCAGACUAUGUCACCCAGGCUGGCCUUACCCGGGUCUUCAUUGGGCUGCAGGCUGGGCAGAAGGGGGGAGGGCCUGUCUAUGCAGACCUGACCCCAGUGAGGAACUAUACAGCCUGGGGCCUAGAGGAGCCAUCAGGGGCCCCUACCAACACCAGCUGUGUGGAGAUGGUCAGCACAGGCACCUGGAACCAGGUGGAGUGUGACGCCACCAUGUACUACGUGUGUGAGUUCAAGAAGAGCAGGAGAGGUCUCGCCACCGUGCUGUGAUGUCAUCAAGAAAUUCCAUUGGGAGUCGGUCGAAGGUUGUUGAUGUGGACAUUAUACCUUUAUACUAAGACAGAAACCAAUAGUACUUUAACUUAUAGAUAAACAUGUAGCCUAUAGUAACUAGACAAAGGUCAUUGAUAUAACCUAGCCUACUCGUUGUAAUUAGAUAUUAACUAGAGAUAAAAGUUGGUAUCCCUUUUGACACUUGAACCUUUUAUAUUUGGGAUAGCAUAUGAAACCUUUCCUUUCUGUAAUAAACACCAUACAAAUCAA